AUGCAGGUGACGCUGCCGGAGGAGAACGUGGUUAUCCAUAGCACGUACGGGACCAUCAGCUGCCUGGCCAUGGCCGCGGCGCCCGAUAGAGCUCCGGCUGCGGGCGCUGGACGCCGUGGAGGUCCGGUCGCGGCCUCGACGCCCGCCCUACCCGUGCAGCUGCUCGACUCCAUGGAGCUCCGGCUGCGGCCGCUGGACGCCGUGGAGACCAGAGACAUGUACCAGGGCGUGGCCCGCUGGCGUAGCAGCGGAGGCCGCACCGGAAUGAUGCUGGGGCUGGCGCUCCCCGGCGGCAGGCCCAUCGGCGCCACCAUGACGGAGCGCCUUGACUCCUUCUUCAUCGCGCUCUUCCUGCCCGUCUACAUGGCGCUCUCCGGCUACCGCACCGACCUCGCCGAGUUCACCAGGUCCGAGGCGUCGGAGAAGUGGUGCACGCUGGAGCUGUUCGUGGCGCUCUGCGUGUCGGGCAAGCUCGUCGGCUGCGUCGCCGCGGGGCUCUUCUUCACCAUGCCGUUCCGGGACGCCAUCGUGCUGGCGCUCAUGCUCAACAUCCGGGGCAUCGUGGAGGUGGCCGCCAUCAACAACUGGGGCGACACCAUGAAGGCGACGGCGGAGCACUACCCGUCGGGGCUGUUCGCGCGGGCGAAGCGGCGGUCGCUGGAGCACGCGUGGCUCAGCGCUGACCUCAGCGUGUUCACCUGCCUCUACAGCGAGGACCACGCAGCGCUGCUGAUCGACCUGCUGGAGGCGUCGGGCUCCUCCCGCGACUCGCCCAUGUCGACGUGA